AUGGGAAGAAGGCCAGGAAGAUGCUACAGGUAUUUGUCUAAGAAGGCGUACCCGAAGUCCAGAUUCAACAGAGGAGUUCCGGAUUCUAAGAUACAGAUUUUUGAUCUUGGAAGGAGGAAAGCAGGAGUGUUUGAGUUCCCGCUGAUGGUUGAAUGUGUGUCGAAUGAGAAUGAGAAUGUAUCUGCGGAGGCAUUGGAGGCAGCACGUAUCUGUGCAAACAAGUACAUGGUGAAGCAUGCAGGGAAGGACAAUUUCCAUAUGCGUAUGAGGGUGUAUCCGUUGCAUGUACUGAGGAUCAACAAAAUGUUGAGCUGUGCAGGAGCAGAUAGACUGCAGACUGGAAUGCGAGGAUCUUUUGGAAAGCCAUAUGGCAGAGCAGCUCGAGUGUUUGGAGGGCAGUCGCUUAUAAGCAUCAGAACCAAACCGGAGAAUCAGAGCAUUGCAGUUGAGGCAUUGAGAAGGGCGAAGAAUAAGUUUCCUGGACAUCAGAGCAUCCGUGUGAGCUCUAAGUUUGGAUUUACUAAUGUACUUUCUGAUGAGUUCAAUGAACUGAGGGAGAAGAACAGGAUUAUUGCGAAGGGAGACAUGUUUUUUGUGCUGAGGGAGAAGGGAAGCAUUGAGAAGUUCAAGAAUAACCUUGAGAAGACUACCAAUUAA